ACAAGGAGUAAGAACUAAGAAACGAAAAGGUUCAGUAGACAAUAUUUACAAAUGUUGGUAUAGUGUUCCGAAAAACAUGAAUAUUGAAGAUCCGAGAAUAAUGUCUGAAUAAUGAAAAAUGUCUUUCCCGAAAGUAGAAGGCUAUGUUUUUACCGAGAAGCUGGGUUCGGGCAGCUAUUCAACUGUAUACAAAGCUUACACAAAGAUAGGUGCCCGUACAAUUGUAGCUAUAAAAUGUAUAGACAAGUCCAGUGUGAAGCAUUCUGGAGUAGCGGUGGAUAAUCUUAUCACAGAAAUAAGAUUAAUGAAGUCCUUAUCCCAUCCUCACAUUGUUCAUAUGAAAGAGUUCACUUGGGAUACUAAAAAUAUUUAUAUAAUAAUGGAAUACUGCUGUGGUGGAGAUCUGUCCAAAUAUAUUCAAAGAUAUGGCAGAGUUCCUGAAAAACAGGUGUUAUAUUUUCUUCAACAACUAGCGUCAGCAUUGAAGUUUCUUAGAGAAAAAGAUGUGGCUCACAUGGAUUUAAAGCCACAUAACUUGCUGUUACAUAAGCGAUCUGAUGGGAAAUAUUUAUUGAAAGUUGGUGAUUUUGGUUUCGCCCAACACCUUACUUCAGAGCGCAUGCGUUGUAUUCGCGGCUCGCCUUUAUACAUGGCCCCUGAGAUGAUAGCAGGAGACUAUGAUGCAAGAGUCGAUUUAUGGAGUACUGGUGUGAUAAUGUAUGAAUGUUUGUUUGGUCGCGCUCCCUACGCGUCGAAUACUCUACAUGAGCUUAUGAAAAAAAUACAAAGAAAGGACCCCAUACAGAUUCCACCUAAUUCCUCAAUAUCUCAGGGUUGUUGUGAUCUCUUAAUUCGUUUACUACAACACGACCCGAACAAACGUAUCUCGUAUGUAGAGUUCUUUAAUCAUGAGUACCUGGACUUGGAGCACAUGCCAAGCAAAGAGAAUUAUGAUAAGGCAGUGUGCCUUAUAAAGCAAGCAAUUGAGUUGGAUUGCGCUGGAUCGUUGGAGCCAGCGCUGCGUUGCUACAGCGAGGGGCUCCAGUACUUGGUUCCCGUCGUGCACGUGGAGACUGAUUCUAUGAGACGCACUGCCCUCACUGCUAAACUAACCAGAUAUAUGGAGCGCGCGGAAGAAAUAAUGCGAUAUGUCAAAUCGCAACAGCAAAUACCAAUAGUGUCACGGAGCGAAGCCCUGCCUCCUGUGAUAGGGCGAAGUGCCUGUUGCGUAGGUGCUGCGUCGGGGAAUACAUAUGACUUUAAUGGUGUUGAUGGCGCUACAAAUUCUAACCUGGAGAAUGGAGUGCAGGAGAGUGAUAAAUGUCAAAAUGAGCCGAUUUCAGAAGAUAAGAAAAUUAAAACUGAAAAGUCUCGCUUUGCCCGAUUUUUCGGUAGACCAGUGCCUUACUUAGAUAGAGAGAAUAGUGCCGAUGAAACUAAAAAGACAGACAAGGUUGAAGACAAUGCUGAUAUGUGCAAGAUAACAUAGAUAACAUGCGUAAUUGCUACUGAUCGUAAUUCACAGUAUCUAUAAAUAUGACCAAUUUUAGUUUAUGAUACGACCAAUUUAAAAAAAAACCGUAUAUAAAAUGUGAUUGCCCCAAGUUCUAGAACAAUAUUUAUAGCCUCUGGAUAAUUAUUUGAAUUUGGAAUAUAAUAUUAUUACAAUGUUGAACGAACCAAAGAGUUCAAUAGGAAAAUGUUGCUGGCCGUCAAUAAAAUCAACUAAAAAAAGAAGUUUAUGUAAAAAUAAAAACGCGCUAAACGCAUUUGUUUGCUAUUGUUUAUAUUACUUUUAUUUUAUUUAUCUUACAUAUGCACUGGUAGAUAAGAAGAUAAUGGUUCCAGUAUUUUUAACGUUAUCGCAUCUAUAGUUGGAUAAUGUCGUUCAGAAAUCAAUAAUAUUGCCGGUGAAGGACCCGAGGUUGAAAAUUAAAUAGAUUAUAAUUACUUUUCAAGUGGCCUUUUUAAUCACGGCCGAAUCAACAUCUCAAACUUAAGAAAUUAACUGUAUAUAUAAUUUAAUAAACAAAUUCAGAUUAACUACUAGUUCUGAAAUCAAACUAAAUUAUAAAAUUUCAACCAUUCUAGGAGCUUGUAAGGAGGUAUUUAGGUUACAGGUUUAUUGUGACAUGAUAAAAUAAAUAUAAACGCGAAAGGCACAGAUCACUAACUAUUAUGACGGAAUUGUUGUUUAGGAAAAUUAUUAUGUGCAUGUAACGUAGUCUGUGUCACAGAAACAGUUCACUCACUUCUGUUUCCUUUGCCAAAAAGGAAGGUAAUUGUGUUUUAAUACUAGAUUAUAACAACAAUAGGCAGUUUUUAAUAAAGUUAUGCACUUCUAAGGCCAGGAGGCCUACCAUGAGCUCUUAUUGCAAGGAGCCCUACCAUGAGCUCUUAUUGCAAGGAUCCCUACCAUGAGCUCUUAUUGCAAGGAGGCCUACCAUGAACUCUUAUUGCAAGGAGGCCUACCAUGAGCUCUUAUUGCCAGCCUAUUGACAACCUACAACUGAGAUGCAUCACUUAUUCGUACUAUGACAGAAAAAACGAGACAGUUUAUGUUCCCACGUGACCGUAGCCGUAAUCAGAUUUCAUUCAUUCAAUUUUUAUGAAAAUGCGUACCAUAACUGUUCAGCUGAACCAAAACAUGACCGUUGCACCUUCAAACUAUAUCAUAGUUUCAUAGAACUUUAUAAUAAUAAUUUUUAAAUCAAUACUAAAACAUAUGUCAUACGGGACUCAUUAGUUCGAUCCAAGACUCGAAUAAGAUGCUUGUUUACAAUGUACUAUGUAAUGUGAUAAGCUGUUUCAUAUCUAGGUAUAUAGUAUUAUUGACCUAUUGCCUUAUAACCCCUAGAUGGGUAAAUCCAUAGUAAAUCCUGCAUCGCGAUCGGUCUUUUCGGCUCUCUUAGCCUCAUCUGCUACUGUAGUUUGCUUGGGACGGCCACGCUUCCGCUUUCUUGCCUUCCAAUGAUAUAUGUAUGUCUACCCAUUUCCUCUUGCCUCGCUUGAUCUGGCGCUUUUUGGAGUUAAAAAUCCCAUUGUUAUAAGAUCUUCCGCAACUAUGGAUCCGAUCAGCAAUGAAAGUCUUAACAGUGUUUUUAAAUAUACUUGGGUUACAUCUAUGUAUAAGGAAACAUUAUAGACACCUCAUGAUGACUGUCACCACACGAAGUGUUACUGAAGUAAAGUGUCACUUAAAUUGGUUUACAGAUAUUUUUUUAUAAAAGUAUGAGUAACACAAGUUAACUUCGGUGGCGGUUGUUAGAGGGAUGUUCAACUUAAUUAAACAUUUUGUCAACUAUAUUUAAUGGUUGAAAACGUGAGCUUAUAACUAACAU